AUGGCUUUAGCAAGAACAAGAGCGCCUAGAUGUCCCAAGAACAAGUCCGCCAAACGGGUCCUGGACUUGGGAACGGGCACGGGUAUCUGGGCAAUCGAGUUUGCGGAUGACCACCCUGAAGCUACGGUCAUUGGCGUUGACCUGAGCCCCAUCCAACCCGGCUACGUCCCGGCCAACUGCAGCUUCGAAAUCGACGACAUCGAGAAGGAAUGGACCUGGACCAUCCCGUUCGACUUCAUCUUCGUCCGGCAGAUGAACUCCUGCUUCGCAAGCUGGGAGAAGAUGCUCAAACAAGCUUACGACAACCUCGAACCAGGCGGCUACAUCGAGCUCGUCGACAACAGCUUCCCCCUCGACUGCCAGGACGGCACGCUGGCCCCUGGCUCAGCCCUCACGCGGUGGUCGUCGCUCCUCAUGGAGGCCUGCGCCAAGAUGGGCCGCCCCGUCACCGUGCCCGCGCGCUUCGCGCAGCUGCUGCGCGACGCGGGUUUCGAGGCCGUCGUCGAGGAGCGCCGCGUGUGGCCGCUGCACGAGUGGCCCCGGGACCCGCACCUGCGCGAGCUCGGGUAUUGGGUCAACGACAACGGGCUUGAGUCCGUCGAGGCCUCGGCCCUGGCGCUCUUCACGCGCGUGCUGGGCUGGACGCGCGAGGAGGUGUUGGUGUUUUGCGCCGAGGUGAGGAGGGAGCUCAAGGAGAAGAAGGCGCAUGCGUUCUGGAAUAUAUACUGCGCGUAUGGACGCAAGCCAUUGAAGGAGCAGACCCCCGCCGAGGAACAGACUCCUGCCGCAUGA